AUGUCUGCGAAAGACUCCAAAAUCGUCAAGACUGAGCCAUUGGACGCCAACAAGGCGAAAUGGAUCAACACAAUCCUAACGACCUACACCGAUCCUCUAGGCAAGACUCGAACUUGGGAGCACGCCGAACGUCCCACACGUCCCAAAGGUUCUGAUAUUGACGCUGUGGGGAUGGUAGCGAUCUUAGAGAAGGAGUCCGGUCCCGAGUUACUCCUGCAGAAGCAAUACCGACCUCCAGUCGACAAAGUAUGCAUCGAGGUACCGGCUGGCUUGGUUGAUGCUGGAGAGACGGCGGAGCAAGCUGCGGUUAGAGAACUGAAGGAGGAGACAGGUUAUGUGGGGGUGGUCAGCGAGACUAGUCCGAUUAUGUUCAAUGAUCCCGGAUUCUGUAAUACGAAUUUGAGAAUGGUCCACGUUACGGUCGAUAUGUCGAAGCCGGAGAACAAGAACCCACAACCUGAGUUGGAGGGGGGAGAAUUCAUUGAGUGCUUCACGGUACCAUUGAAGGAGCUGUAUGCAGAAUGCAAGAAGUUGGAGAAGGAAGGUUAUGCAAUUGAUGCUAGGGUUGCUACUUUAGCUGAGGGCAUUGAGAUUGCCCGGCGGUGGAAGCUGUGA